UCACAGCAAUGGGCUUAAUUAUAUUACCUUUAGUGGAACUGUAUUCCUUGAACGCUGAUAGAAAAGUCGCUCCUCGUAUCAUUCUCGAGAAAACAGCUCCAGAAUUGGAGAUCAUUCCCGAGGAAGCAAAAAUUAUCUCCCAGAAGUCUUUUCAGAGAAAGAAAUUCGACAAUGUGUGGGAUAAAGCUGCGACACCUGCUAAUGUCAAAGCUGGAUUUGAAGCGACCGGAAUUUUCCCAUUCAAUCCAGAUAGGAUUCCAGAAGAAGUAUACGCUCCCAGCAUACCUACUCAUAAUUUCGCAGAACCUGGAGCUUCUCCUUCUGAAAAUCAAGAAAAUGGAGAUACUAACGACAGCGACGCUACAAAUCUGUUAAUUCCUCCUCAGGAAAAUGAAGAUACUAAUGAAAGCGACGUUACUGAUGCCAGUGGAAAUUCUCCUUAUCCUCUCCCAAAUGAAGACAAAGGUAAUUCAAAUCCAUCAAAUGAUUCCUCAGAUUCACAGCCAAGCCAAGCAAAGCGUUGUGCUGCAACUCCAGACAACGCCUCUGAUGAUCAUCCACAGCACCCAAAUCAAGAAGAUAUAUCGAACUUUAUAGAACCCCUGCCAAGUGUUUAUGACGAUUACGACAGUAGCGAUCACAUUCCUUUGUCCAAACUAAAGCAACAUCGAGUCAAAAACUGA